AUGGAGUCUCCUCGCUCCCAUCCGGCUUCCGAGCCGAAAAUCAAGCCGACAACUGUGGAUGGAGGGUUGACAGACCAAGUAACCAACAGGAGCGGUGGAAUCACAUUCCAACAUCAAGAUUCUCUUCCAAAGCUACCUAUCCCGGACCUUGAGGGUACAUGUCGGAAAUAUUUGGACGCCUUGUCGCCCUUGCAAACAGCAAAGGAGCAUGAAGAAUCUAAGGCCGCAGUGCGGGACUUUCUCAAAUCCGAUGGCCCCGCCCUCCAAGAGAAACUGCAAAAAUAUGCCUCUUCGCAAACAAGUUAUAUUGAGCAGUUUUGGUAUGACUCUUACCUGAAUUAUGACAGCCCCGUUGUUCUCAACCUCAAUCCGUUCUUCUUGUUAGAAGAUGACCCGACUCCCGCGAGAAAUGACCAGGUGCCUAGAGCAUCAUCCCUGGUGGUUUCAGCCCUAUCGUUCGUGCGAGCUGUCCGGCGUGAGGAAUUAACACCAGAUACCGUUCGAGGAACGCCAUUAUGCAUGUAUCAAUACUCCCGACUCUUUGGCACUUCGCGUGUGCCCACAGAAAAUGGGUGCGUUAUCAGCCAAGAUCCUAACGCAAAACACAUUGUCGUCAUGUGCCGCGGUCAGUUCUACUGGUUCGAUGUGCUCGAUGCAAACCACGACCAAAUAAUGACGGAAAGGGAUAUCGCAAUGAACCUUGAGGUGAUUCUCGCAGACGCAGAACAAACCCCAAUCCAGGAGGCGGCUAAGGGAGCCAUGGGUGUUCUCAGUACAGAAAACCGCAAGGUGUGGUCAGGACUGAGAGAAGUUCUUACUAAGGAUGAGCACUCCAACAAUGCUGAGGGUCUCAACAUUGUCGAUACCGCUCUGUUUAUCCUCUGUCUGGAUGAUACUGAGCCGCAUAACACGUCUGAGCUUUGCGCCAACAUGCUCUGUGGUACCAGUGAGGUGGAAAAGGGUGUGCAAGUGGGUACCUGCACGAACAGAUGGUACGACAAGCUCCAGAUUAUUGUGUGUAAGAACGGCAGUGCUGGAAUCAACUUUGAACACACUGGUGUGGAUGGCCAUACUGUUCUCCGAUUCGCCAGUGAUGUCUACACGGACACCAUACUUCGUUUCGCACGAACGAUCAACGGUAAAGCUCCAAGCCUAUGGGCAACAACUAGUCCCGACCCAUCCAAGCGGGAUCCUCGAAGCUUUGGUGAUGUUAGCCCGACACCGCGGAAACUCGAGUGGGAUAUGGCGCCUGAGUUGAGUAUUGCCAUCCGUUUUGCCGAAUCACACCUCGCAGAUCUCCUCCAGCAACACGAGUUCCAAGUGCUUGACUUCAAUGGAUAUGGAAAGAACUUUAUUACGUCUAUGGGAUUUUCUCCCGAUGCGUUUGUUCAGAUGGCGUUCCAGGCGGCUUACUACGGACUUUAUGGGCAGAUGGUGAACACCUACGAACCAGCCAUGACCAAGUCCUUCCUACAUGGGCGAACCGAAGCUAUCCGAACCGUCACGAACGAAUCGCUCGAUUUUUUGAAGACGUUCUGGGCUGAUAAUCCUGCUGAAGACAAGGUGAAUGCUCUACGGAAAGCUACGGAAAAGCACACUGCCACCACGAAGGAGUGCUCUAAAGGGCAAGGGCAGGACCGUCACCUCUACGCUCUGUAUACCUUGUGGCAGAGAUCCUUCGAUGAGGCCCCAGUUUCUGCGAAUAACAGCGUCGACGAAGGAUCAAAUGGCUACACAAGCCCCCUGGAGAACGGAUCGCCUAGGUCUCCGUCUAUCUCAGAGACAGAUGGGUUGUCAUCCACAAGCGGAUACAGCCGGGCCAUGCGCAGUGUGCCCCCAACCCCCGCCAUCUUCAACGAUCCCGGCUGGGACAAAAUCAACAACACGGUCCUCUCAUCGUCCAACUGCGGCAACCCGUCCCUACGGCACUUCGGUUUCGGGCCGACGUCCGCAGAUGGGUUUGGCAUCGGAUACAUCAUCAAAGACGAAUCAAUCUCGAUCUGCGCCUCAUCCAAGCACCGCCAGACCGCGCGCCUGAUGCAAACACUCGAGUCGUACCUAUUCGAGAUCCGGAAGUUGCUGCGCGCGACGAACCACAAGCCAGCAAGCCCCCGAACUAGCCGCGCCCGCGAGAUGGAGAUGAUUGCAGAGCGGGUCCAGCGCGAUCAACGCCGGGGUCGCAUCGUCCGUACUGACACGGGCCAUCUGCGGGCCGGGACCGAGACGCCUACGACCGAUAGCGGGGAGAUGGAAGAUGAUGGUAUGGGCGGAUAUGGAUUCUUCGAUGCAGGGAUGCUCCUCCAUGCGCUGAAGGGAUUGCAUGUUGAUCGUGAGCGGGGCGGCGACAAGCCUGAGCGUCGACGGUUUGUCGGCAAAAAGCUACGGUUGAAUGAAUAUUAA